AAUAUUGGGAAACUGUUUCGACACCAACUUUGCUUAGUUUUUUGGAAUAUAGAAAGAAGGCGGUAACUGAGCGUCUUUUUAAGGAACAAGAACAUUUACGAUAUCAAAAAGAUUUAGAAACGAUCGUGUCAUUUUAUGUAGUAGGAACUAAUUGGAGUAACAUUGCGACUCUUGCAAUAAAUAAUUUAAAGAAUGAGAAAACAUCAUCUCAAGUCAACGAUUUCUGGUCUCUAGAAUUGGAGGGUUUUAAUUAUGAAGCUGUUACAAGUGUUGAACAGAAAAAAUUGGAAUUGUUAAAGACAUGUGGUAAAAUACAAGCAUACCAAACGGGAAACAAUUAUCUCUUGAGAACCUCGACUAUAGUUGAAAAAAUGAAUCUUAAUAAUCUUGAUGAAUCAUCUGAUGGACAUGACAAUAUAAUUAACCAUCCAAAUGAUAUCAUUAGUAUGAAAAAUCCAUUUUUAGAAAAUAGUCAAAUCAAUGUAAAUACUGGCAGGACCAUGACUGAACUAGAAACCAUAAAUUCCCAGAGUAUAGGAAAACGUGCGCAUAAGGAUGAAGAUCAUGAUGUAACAAAAAAUAUAUUUGUCGACUAUUCUAAACACACAUUAUUGAAAACAUAUUGCAAGUUACUUUUCGAUUUACAGGAUCAUCAUCUGGAAGAGGAUUCACAACGUGCUCGGCAUCUGGCUAUAAUGUUAGAAUGGCAUGUAGUAGAUUAUGAAUUAUUCAAUGAAGCAGGUUGGAUUGAAAAUCCACUGCUAAUUAAUGUCUCAGUUCCAUGCUUUUGUUUUAAAUUGGUUUCUGAUGUAUUGAGACAACAUAGUAAUUAUCGACUUCACCAAGCAGUUGAAAUACUUCAAAAAUUGGAAGCAAAAAACAUUAUCAGAAACAAUGAUUAUGACUGGAUCCCAUCUUUCACUUUAAUUAAACGGAUUUUUGGUCAGGGAAUGAAUGAUCAAUGUUAUAAAAUAGAUGUUUUAACAGUGAUAUCUGUGCUUUCAACAUUAAUUUUAUACACAUCAACUUCAUGCGGUGGUGCCGGGAAUCCCCCUCCGGAGAAUCAUAUUAAAUCAGAACUUUGGGCCAGUAUUUUUUCAAAAGCUUUUAUUCUCCAUGAUGCAAAUUUUGUUCCUGUUUGGGAACUUCAUCACCUCAUUUCGGGAAAUAGUGUAAAGAGAAAUGGCCAUGAAAUACACAAGGAUAAUAUUGUAGUUGUAGCUGAAGCAGUAUACGAAUUCAAUCGUAUAUUGUCAUUGUCGCAAAACCCGUCAGAAGAAGAGGUUAAUAAAGCGAGAAUCCACAUUGGUUUGGUUAACGGAACUACCAUUAAUUUUAGUACAAUCAGGCCUAUUUAUAAUCAAGAAAAAUCUACAUUUAUUUAUGCUUGUGAGAAUAGUGUCCUUUCGUAUAAUCUCAAGACAGAAGAUAUUGAAACAUGUAUACAAAACGUUCUAAGAUUGGUGACUUAUCUAAGGGAAACCAUUUGUGCAGAUGCGUUGCCUAAACUACCCGUUGAAGCUGUCAAGUCAAGGAUCUCUGAAACAAAAUUCACGCCUCGUGUAAAACGGCAACGAAAUGUUUGUCCAAGCGAAUGA